AUGCAAAGCAAAGGUCCGGUUAUUCUUGAGGCUACAAGGAGUACGUUGACAAACAAGUACAAUGAAUCUGAACCAGAGUUAUUCACCUUCAUAACCGGUACUCUUACCGAAGUAGAUCAAAGACGUGUACCAUGCCCCUCCAGGAGUGGUAGACAACCGGAACAAUGUGACUUGGGCAGUGAACAGGGCAACUUGAUACCUGAAUCGAGUAACCAUGAUUGCCAGGUUUGGGCCUUCUGCGAACGACAUGGACAAGAAUCCGCCACCCGAGAAUACGCAAGCCAACCACAAAGUGACACCCAGCGGCCAAUGAGUCGCAGCAAGAAGAUCAGCAGGAUUCAAAAGCGUAUCAAUGAUCUACAACGAGAGUAUAUGGAGGUAGCCACGAGAUUCCUUGUCGAUGAAUUCGAUAUGAUCAUCAUCUCCAGGUACCCGGUGAGCCUGAUGACCCAGAAGGUACAGGGAUACAAGAAACGAAAGAUAUCAGCAGAGACGGCUAGGAAGAUGCUGACAUGGUUGUCAGCUGAUUCAGGUCAAGGUCCCAGAUCAUGUAUAUUUUCACGACAUGUACGUAGACUGUAUCCGUUUACCAGCCACUAUAGGCACCGGGAACAAAGAUGCAAGCCAUUUUCAGCAAGGGCAUCUGCUCACGAUGCAAACCUGAAUCUAAUUUUCGGGUUGGAGAACCUUGAGUAUGUAUGCAAACGCGAGCUCUUUGAUAAGUUGUGUAUGACUAACUCGGGCCUAUCGAUGCAAGAUUGGCGCAAAAGUGGUGGUAAACGACAAAGAAAACUUACCAGGCGAAAUCUCGUGAUGCGAAUUUCUCAUCAAGAUGAAGAGGUCAUUAUGGAAGAAGCAGAGGCACUCUGUAUCGAGAUCGUAUUAGCAUACGGAGAUGCAUGUUUCGAUGCCAACCACAUUGAGAAGCAAAUACAUGGGGAGAAGACAAGGCACUUGGAUGAAUGA